AUGCCUGCCUGUGAUGUUCCGUCCCCUCAGAUCAUCACUGCACAGCAUAUUGCAUUCGACUUUAGCUCUGUGGGGCGCCCAGACGCGCACCCUCCAACGUCAACGCGGCCCGGUGAAGCGCAUCCAGUCGACGCCAAAAGUCCAGAGCUGCUCAUCAAUGGCAACUCCCAACCCCUCGAAAACCGCUUCGCGUCUAAAGAAGCCCCAAUGGCGACGGCUGUCAAGCAACAGAAGAGAGCCGCAAGGGCUUGCGACCAUUGUCGACGGAAACGCCUGAAAUGCUCCAAUGACAUCGGAGGCACAAAAUGUAUGAAUUGCGUUCUUUAUGACACCGAGUGCGAGUACACGGGCAGGCCACCCCCCGAGGGCUCAGGCAAUGCUCGGAAAAGAGCAAGGGUUGCGGAUGCGCCGAGCGAAGUGAAUCCUCCCGCAAAGGAAGCAGUGCACGCCAUACCAUCAUCCGCGAACCAACCCCUGCCCGGCCCCGGAUAUACGCCCCCGAGGCAUUCCCCGAUUGCAGAUCCCGUAAGCCAACUCCCUGAAGAUCUCCCGAAGCCCGCUCCGGACGAUAUUGGGGCCAUCAUCCUAUCGUCUGCGGUGCAAGAGGGCUACUCGAUAGAAAAACGUAGACCGCCAGAGCACCAUCGCGACCACCUUGCCAAAGAGCUGAGUGGCUAUAUCACGCCUAUGUUGACCGGUGUCGAGGACAUAGGCGAGCCCUUGCCAAAAGACCUAGAUAAUCAAAGUUUCAAACUCGCAUCCAGCACGACGGUGGACGCUUUAGUGACAGCUUUCUUUCAGAAUGUACUACCGCUUUAUCCGAUCCUGGAUGAAGCAAAUUUUCGACUUCUAUUCCAGCGCUACAAACAAAAACAGGAUAUCGGCGAGUUAUGGCCCAUACUUCUGCGGCUGGUGCUGGCGUCGGGUGCUGCCAGCUGUCAAGAUAAUCUUGGGCUGGAGGGCGAGGAUAGCCUGUCGAACUUCAGAAAAGCGUUGUUUGCGCAAGCGCUCAAAGCCACACCGGCGCUGUACAGCAAAGCCAGCACCCAAAGUAUUCAGAUUAUGCUUCUUAUUUCCCUCUAUUCACUUCAAGUCAAGCGUACGAACAGCGCGUGGUACUGGUGCGGGUCAGCGAUCCGUCUUGCCCAGGCCUUUGGAAUCUACGGCCGCAAUGUGCGAGCUCUGAACGAGCAGGAGCAGCGUGAAAAGGAUCUUAUUGCUUGGACCGCUUUCACGAUGGAGACGUAA